AUGUCGAUCUGUCUGAUUCUGGCAUCACUGAUAGGCCCCAUUAUCGGGGGCGCUUUUGCACAGAACGGCGCAUGGCGGUGGACCUUCUUCGUCAAUGCGCCAAUAUGCGCUAUUGCGAUAGUCAUCAUUCUUGUCGCGAUGCCGAUCAACUUCGGUCUUGACCAACACACACCGUCGUUCAGAACACGAGCAUCUUAUCGCUCCUUUGCGAAUCUCGACAUCGUGGGGUCUUUCCUGAUGAUGGCCAGCUCCUUCUUGCUAGUUGCUGUCUUUAACGAAACCAAUCUCGCCUUUUCUUGGUCAUCGAGGAAUGCAAUUGCGCUGCUAGUCCUGAUGGGAGUCUCGUGGAUCGCAUUCUUUGCCUGGGAGUGGUACAUCUCAGGGAUUCCAGGGAAAGACCCGAUAUUUCCCAAACGAUGGCUAUUUGAUCGGCCUUGGAUGGGAAUUCUCAUCUCUUCUUUUGUCAUUGGUGCACCUUUCAACGUUGUUUUGGUCUAUGUCCCGCAACAGGCAGAAUUGCUGCUUGGGAAGUCGCCGUUCGAUGCCGGUAUUUAUUUGAUUGGAUAUUCUGCAGUAGCCAUGGUUGCUGCAGGUCUGAUCAAUAUCGCCAGCUCCCGAUGGCGUAUUCCGUUCAUCUAUACUCUGCUGGCUGGCUGUAUCAUCCACACCGUCGGCGUCGGACUUCUCUCGACGAUUGCCUCUUCAAAGGGAUUCCACGCUACCGAUAUUGUAUACGAGGUCAUCGCAGGAGCAGGAAUGGGGCUAACUCUAGGUAUCCUCGUGCUAUCGACCCCAUAUAUCGUUGAGGACCGAGAUUUGGCAAUUGGAACCGGUGCUGUUGUUCAGUUCCGGUUCCUCGGUGGAGCUAUCGGUCUUGCCAUUGCAUCCAACAUCCAGAAUGGUCAACUGGUCCGGUCUUUGGGGGGUGUUCUCUCCUCUCAUAGGCUGCAUUUAUUCCUUGAGAAUGUCAAACUAACCCACGACUUAUCUCCCCAUUUGCGGGAGCAUAUAAGAGAUGUGUUCGCUAGCAGCUACACGACACAGCUGAGAGUCAUGAUUGGUUUCGCGGCUGCCCAGCUGCCUGCAACCCUGCUUCUGCUGAAGUCCGGUCGGCAACUUGCAGCCAAAAGACAACAAUGA